AUGUCAGCAAUCCAGGACCAGCUUAACCGGGGCGCUGUGCCAAAUGCUGUGUCCAACGUCUGUCCACCUGGCACCAAGUUCCAUGUCUUGGAGGUCGGAUGGCUCGAAUGUGAUGAAGGGUUUGUGGUUCGAGGUGGUAACACCAGUCUGAAAAGCACAGAGAACGAGAAGUUCGUCAACAAGAGACGGGAAAUGCCAAUGUACUGUAUAUUAAUCGAACAUCCUCACGAGGGCCUAAUCCUCUGGGAGACCGGUUCUGGGAAGGACUACCCUCGAAUCUGGGGUCCUGUGGUAUCGGAUAUCUUCUCGAGGGUGCGCUACGAGCCCGAGCACGAACUUCGCGCGGCUGUCGAGGCAACGGGAAAUAGAAUUGAAGAUAUCAAGAAGAUCAUCAUCGGACAUCUUCAUCUAGAUCACGCGGGCGGUCUUGAUGAGUUCUUAGACCGGAAAGACGUGGAGAUCUGGGUCCAUGAAAAGGAACUGCUUUCAGCAUUCUGGUCCGUGGCCACGGGGGCGGAUACUGGUGUAUAUCUGGAACAUUAUCUAAAACUAUCCUUGAACUGGAAGACCUUUAGGGAUGAGACUCUUGAUUUUUGCCAGGGAAUUACGCUCCAUCAUUUACCCGGUCACACAGAUGGCCUGAUCGGAAUGCAAAUCAACUUACUCAACACGGGAACAUUUUUCUUCAUCAGUGACCACUGCCAUGUUAUUGAAAAUUGGCGUGACGGUAUCCCUCAGGGUUGGCUUGCUCGAGAUCAUCCGGCAUGGUUCAGGAGUACUCAGCGCCUCAAGCAUCUGGAGAGGAUUACCAGAGGCCAGGUUAUUCCCGGGCAUGAUAAGGAAACCUUCUUAAAGCUUAAGCAGCAAGCGAAGGUCUUCACCUGA